AUGAAGCUGCAGAACCAGAACCAGCUGCAGACCCAGAACCAGGAUCAGGAUCAGCUGAAGGAUGAGAAGAAGAUCUGCAGGGGAUACGAGGACAGACUGAGGAAGGACCUGCUGUGUGUCUCGGACUUGUUGGACUCAUGCACUCGGGUGGAACUGGGUUCGGACCUUCAGACCUCCAAGCUGCUGCAGAGCUUCAUUCAGGCCAAGCCUCACUUCAGUCAGCUGGAUGCUGAUGUGCAACAGCUGGUCAGCAGCCUGGAGGUUCUGAGAGUCCAGAACCAGCUGGAGGUGACGGAGGAGGAGCUGGAGGAGCUGCUGAAGCUCCAGCGGACAGUGAAAGACAAGAUCCAGCAGAGUGAAGAGAUCCUGGACCUGAGCAGCAGAUUAAACCUCACAGCAGGACAACUGGAGGCGCUGCUGCUCUCUGAACCCUGCAGCUCUUCUCCUGAACAGAACCAACACCAGCAGCAGCAGAUCCAGAACCUGAUGGAGACCAGCUCACUCCUGAAGAACCACAUCUGUACAGCUGGGGCUCCAGGGUUCCGUCUGCAUCAGCUCCACCUCCGUCUGGUUCGUCUGGAUUCUCGGUUUGUUUGGUGGAAGAACGAAGCGGUUCGACAGGAAGAGAAACUGCAGCUGAUUCACCUGCUGCACGAUGACAUCAUCCAGCUUCGUGACUCUUUUAAGGAGCUGAAGAAACGUUUCGGCAAUGUAAAGUUUAACUACCUGAAGAGGAAUGACAGAACCAGGAACAUGAAGGCUGUAAGGAACCAAUUGCAACAGGUGGAGAUGUUCCACGACAAGCUGCAGGCUCUCCGGAGGCGUCUGCAGGGUUUGGUGUCUCAGCUCGGCUCAGAGGCGAAGGUCGGAGGUGUGGCCCGCGAGGUGGACGACGACGCCAAUGAGCUGCAGAGGCAGAUGGGAGAGUUUGAGCAAAGUGUGAACGAGCACAGAAAAACUCUGGACAUGACGUGCAGACUGCAGGAGGCCAUGGAGGAGUACCAGUUCUGGUGCGAGGAGGCCAGCGCUACCAUCGCUCGGGUCAGGAAGUUCUCCUCAGAAUGUCGCAGCACAGAAGCUGUGUCGGUUCUGUACCGACAGUUUGAGAAGUUCGUCUGGCCGACGGUUCCUCAGCAGGAGGAGAGGAUCAGUCAGAUCAGUCAGCUCGCCGUCCGGCUGCACGGGGUGGAGGAAGGUCAGCGCUACAUCAAGAAGACAGUCAGCAAACACUCAGAGAUGGUGGAGUCCAUCAGGGAGCUGAGCAACAGGCUGAUAGAGCUGGAGGCCAAACUGAAGGUCUGCUGUUUCUGA